AGUUGUCUGCGGGGUGCUGCAUGACCAGCAGGGGUGAGUUAGAGAAGGAGUGCAUGUGGACACAUGAGCAGAGAGAGAAAGAGACGGACAGAGGAGCUGUGUGUGUGUCUGGAGUGGUGAACUGAUCCGGUCAGAGUUAUGUUCUGUGCUCAUCCUGGAUCCGGAACGGGAAACAACCCAUCCAUGUUCUGCUACAACAUGAAACCUGUCUACGGGCAGUCCCCCAGCACCGACAGCAUCAACCAGAGCUCAUCCUCACAGCCAUCAAACAAAACCCCCAACAGUGUGUUUGCAAGCACGUUCUUUGAGGGGAUGAGCAAUUCGCCUGACAUCUGGAAUGCUGUAAAUGGACUCAACCAGCAAGGCUAUGAAGGUGCGCUGGGAGCAGCCAUGAGCCACCAGCCUCAGGCGGGGAGCUACAGCAGCCUGCAGCAGACACUCAGUAACCUGGACUUCUCUCCACACUCAGUGCUGCCUGCUGACAUGAACAGAGGUCUUCCACCAGUGUCCACCUUUCAUCGUAACAAUCCUCACACUCCGUCAGAAAAUUCAACAGUCUCAGGAAGCCAUGGAAAUGUGUCUGGAGCAUCACAGACGGGCGAUACUUUGGGAAAAGCUCUGGCUUCUAUUUAUUCACCAGAUCACACGAGCAGCAGCUUCGCCUCCAGCUCCUCCACACCGGCAAGGUCUCCCUCCCCACUCCCAAAUGCUGCUGAAGCUACAGGUACCAACAUGUGGCCUCGCAGUUCAGUUCAGGCACCCGUCUCACCCCCCUACGAGUCCGCUCUCAUAUCAAUGUCUCAGGUGGAGGACCGCCUGGACAGACUGGACGAUGUUAUCCAUGUUCUGAGGAACCACGCCGUGGGCCCCACAGCCGGGCUGCCCGCUGACAUCCACGGCCUGCUGAGCCAGACCCACCACGGCCAGCCGGGCUCCGCCAGUGCUCCGCCACUCACCUGUCACGCUCCAGCCAUGGCUGAUGGCGUCGGUGUGAACAACAACCACUCAGCCUUCCAGAGCCACCCGUACCCGGUCAGACCGAGGGCUGCGCUCCUACAAGGAGGAGGAGGUGGUUUAGGAGUUCAGGAGGACCUGGAGUUUAAGAUGGAAAGCAGAAAAAGAGAGGAGAUGAUGUACAUCAAUCACGGUCACAGCUCAGACAGCCCGAGAUCAGACGAGGAGAGUGAGCACAAAGGACAUGAAGAAAACACUGCAAGGAACAGCAUCCAUGAGGAUGAAGACCUGAGCCCAGAGCAGAAGGCCGAGCGCGAGCGUGACAGGAGGAUGGCCAACAAUGCCCGUGAGCGUCUGCGUGUGCGGGACAUCAAUGAGGCCUUUAAGGAGCUGGGUCACAUGUGUCAGCUGCACCUGAAGAGUGAGAAACCGCAGACCAAACUUCUGGUGCUGCACCAGGCCGUAGCUGUGAUCCUGAGCCUGGAGCAACAGGUCAGAGAGAGAAACCUGAACCCCAAGGCUGCGUGUCUGCGGAGAAGAGAGGAAGAGAAGGCCUCCGCCAUUAUGAAUGAUCCACAGUCUGUGCAUCUGGCUUUUCAUCCUGGCCUGACUGAACCGUCUAACCCCAUGGGCCACCAGAGCAUCGGACUCUGAAGAUGCUGAAUGAAGACCAUGCAGGAAAGCCCAGCUCUGACAGCUGUUCAGAGUUUUCUGUAAAUUCAAACCAAGCAGACUUCACUGAACAGACCAGAAUGAUGCAGUUAAACAAUCAUUUCAUCUUCUUCCAAAUGGACUUUAACUCUGUGCCUAAAACUUUACCUGUAAAACAGACAAACGCAUUGUAAACUGCAAAUGUUUUGUACAUAUUUUGCUGAUUUAUUUAUUUGUCUGUCUCAGCUGAUCAGAAUAAACGAGCUCUGGUGGUUUUCAUCUGCAGCCUGAGAGCAGCAGAUGCCGACGGGUUUGUGACGGAACAUUUCUGCGGGUCACACACUUUUCCACUGAGCUCCGAUUCGUGUUUUCAGACAACAUAUUUAUUUUUAUCUGCGGUGUGCGUGAGUGUGUGUAAAUAUCGCAGGGGUUUGAACAUUCUGUGAAUGAACAGAUCUCCAAGAAUGUUCUUUAACAAAUCUUUUCCAAAGCGUUUUAUUUAAUGUUGUUAAUUCACUACUGACAUGAUCUCUGGUGGACAGAAUUUCUUCUUCUCUGUGUAUUUAUUCCUCCUCAAAGGUACAUUGUUGGUGCAUGUUUGAACUUUUAAUAGAAAUUCUCUUUUUUUAAUAAUAGUUUAUCUUUUAUACAAAUAUUGUGAAUUUAAUACUUUUUUCUCUUUUUUGUGUGUUGUUUAUUUCACUCAUAAGGACUGUUUUGUGACGUUUAGUAGAUGUAACUGCAAUUUCUUCUCUGAGCAAUAUGAUGUCAUAGAUCAUACCACCAAACACGUAAUCAUUAAACACAACGCCAGUUUGACAAACUCCUGCUACGAGAUGUAAUAUAUGUGUACAGUUUGAAGGAAAGGCAUGAGUCAACAAUGAGGCAAUAAAUGUCUUUUUCCAAGUCA